CUUGUGGAGUUCCUGAAAUAAACAGAAAUGGCAAUUUUUCUUCUUGGUGUAGCUGUGAAGAGAAAGGAAACCCGGCGCGCAGGCCUCAUUUUCUGCGUGUAAAAUGUGUGUGUUCUUUAAAAGGCAGUGGUUGGCUGCUUUCCGGACAUGAUGUGGUUGAAGCUGUCAUCGUAAUGGAAAUUCAUUGCUGUAGCUAUGGUAAAUCGAGUUUUCUGCCUGUGCUGAAUGCAUUAGUCUAAUGAGAUGUUUGCAGCUGGAGAGCUGAGCUGCUGGAGACUUGCACUGUGCUAAGAGACAGGGAGAAGAUGGCUUUUGCCAGGGUCUGUGUGACUGUGCUGAAAGUCCUCUUCCCUUUGGGUCCCAAUGCCCGGGCUCUCUAAAGACACUGCUCAGUGUUUUAACCUAAGCAAUAGGUGUCUUAAAGGUAACUUUGAGAGAAGACAGAGCACAGGGAUGAAAUGCGUGCAGGUGCCUGGCUAGCCCAGCCGGUCCCUCCCUAACUCCCCAAGCCUCCGACGCCACCCCAGCCCACCGCUCGCUGACAGAGGGUGAAGCCCGGCGUGGUUCACCCCGGGGCAGAUGAGCCACCUGCCGUGCCUGCCCGCCAGCCUGGCCCCAGAGGAGAUGCAGUCCCCCCGAAUGGCAGGGAGGAAGCGAGGGCGGCCUCCACUCCAGCCAGCACCCAUCAAAGUGGCUGUUCACAACCUCUACUCCGCACCGGCCGCUGCUUUGCCAGUCGUGAAGAUCCCAAAGAAGAGAGGGAGGAAGCCGGGGUACAAACUGAAGUCUCGCGUCCUGAUGACUCCCUUAGCAAUCUCUCCGCCAAGAAGCACACCGGAGCCGGAUAUUAGUUCAAUCCCCCAGGAUGCAGCUACGAUACCUAACUCGGCCACCCCACAGGCUCUCACAGUCUGCAUUUAUGUCAACAAACAAGCAAACCUGGGGCCAUACCUUGACAGAAAAAAAGUGCAGCAGCUCCCGGAGCACUUUGGGCCAGAGAGACCAUCUGCAGCCCUGCAACAGGCUGUGCAGGCCUGCAUUGACUGCGCGCUCCAGCAGAAGGCUGUCUUCUCACUCAUCAAGCAGGGCUAUGGAGGAGAGACGGUGUCAGUUUCAGCUUCUUUUGAGGGGAAGCAGCAUCUCAUGAAUGUGUUGGUAGUGAACAGCAUCGGGUAUGUCCUGCGCUUCCUGAAGAAGCUCUGUCGCAGCCUCUUGUGUGACAAUCUCUUCAGCAACCAGCCUUUCCAGCAAUACAACACCGUGUCAGAAAGCCCAGAGGCGUAUGAGAACAGACGGGUGGAGGCAGAAACAUUCACACCUGAGGACUAUGUGGCUGAUCCUGCAAACCUGAAGCGGUAUAGUGUGGAUCCUGCCGAUUCUGCCUUCAGUUGCAUGGGCUCCAUGUAUUCUAUGCGGCAGAGUCCUGCAGAUGGACGUCCUGCUGGAGGCUCCUCUUCCUCCUGUAGCCAUCGUCCUGCCCAGAUGUCUUCAGGGGGGUCCUCAUCUACUGGCCUGCAUCAUCAAACCUCCAGCCCAACAAGGAAUGGGACCUAUCUUGAAGGAAACAGAAGUGCCUCAAGUCCUUCACCAGAACAGCAAGACGCAACUCGGCCAUCAAGCAAGAAUCCCUUGACCUGGACAGUGGAUGACGUGGUUUGGUUUGUGAAGGAUGCAGAUCCUCAUGCUUUAGGUCCUCACGUGGAGCUCUUCAGAAAACAUGAGAUUGAUGGCAAUGCUUUGUUGCUGCUGAAAAGUGACAUGAUCAUGAAAUACCUGGGGCUGAAACUGGGACCUGCGCUGAAACUGUGUUACCACAUCGAUAAGCUCAAGCAAGCCAAGUUCUAACAAUUUCUUGAACAACAAUGGAAUAUGACCUAAAUCUAAAUGGAAAACUAAAGGUAACGUGUUGCCUUACAGAAAUGCAUUCAUUUGCAGAUUGCUUUUCCUUCUUUUUUAACAAGGACUUUGUCUUUUUUAACAUUUGUGCAUCGUCACCUUUUUUUAAUCCAAUGGGGUCUUUUGGGAUGCUUUGUGUUACUAAUUUGCCAAAAAGUAUAUAAUUAUAACAAUUAUUUUGUAUCAUUAAUAUUAUGAUUAUAGUAAGUCCUAUUUUUGUAAUAAGAAGUGGAAAAUCAAAACCAAACACAGCUAUGGCAUACACUGAGGACUGCUGGAAGACUAACCAAGGGUCCCACACUUGCCAAGGGUCCACCUUGGAGGAGUAACUGCUGACCUGCAUCAGAUGGGCUCCAGCUCCAACAACCACUGAUGCUCAAGAGCUGGGAAAGUGAAGUGUUUGUUCACUUACUGUCUGAUGGGAACUUCUCCAUGUCUUGCACUAUCUGGAAAACUUGAAUUCUUCAAUUAAAAAGAAAAAGAAAAAAAGAAAGUUAGAAAAAGAAAAUAGGGGAAAAAGAGGGGUUUUGCUGCUAAAGUACUUUUUCCCACUAGAGGGAGCAGCCCUAAUAGACUCGAGCCUGGCGCUCUGAAGCCAUGGUGCUUUCUGUCUGAUGAGCUUUGACCAUCCUGAUUCUGCCAUCGAGCACAUCGGUAAAUACCAACAAGGAAUCGCAGGCUCCCAGCAGGAUAAGCCCGUCACCACUUACAGAUAAUUGAUUCAAGAAAAACCCAAAUGCAGAGAGUGUUUCUGACAGGAUGUUUCCCAUUACGCUGAAGAGGGGGUGGAUGGCUCCCACGAUGUCUGGCGCUCUCAGCUAUCGGCUCCCUUCCGUGAGCCGUUCCUCUCUGGUAUACAGUUUGUGGCACUCUAAGAAAAAGCAGAAUUUCUGGGUCUGGUUUCGUUUGCAUUUUAAAAAGCGAGGGAGCUGUGUGGGAGCACUCCCUGUGAGGAGCUGGCAAUGCAGGGCACACCUCUGCACUUUGUGGUCAGGUCCAGGGUGGAUACUGUAGGGUUGGUUUCCGACUGCGCUGUGCCUUUCAGCAUGUAGCAGAUGUGUCAGGCUUUCCCUCUCAAGUGGAUCAAAAAUAAUGGUCUCACUCAUAUCUUAAAGGUACACACUGAUAUUCCACGUAGCCAAGGGGUAGAGGACAUGUCUCAGGCUGAGGAAGCAAUCAGUGGCAUAGGUGUGCUCUCUUUUUCAUCCUUCCGAAGGAGGACUACAAAGGGACACAUCCAUACAGUUUAAAACCUUAGUGUGACAAGGAGAGGUAGCAAGUGUUUGCAAGAUGUGCAGGUUAUUUUAGAGCUAGCCUCAACUGAAUUAAGAAAUGGGGUCCUGAUAAUAAGCAGGAGAUCAUCUGCCCCUGUUUAUGUAGAACAGACCAAAAAUACCUCAUGGAAUAAAAUUCAACUUGAUGCAUGUUUCUAGACUAGAACUCCUACAAAAAGGUACCUGUUCAAGGCCUAAUCCUGAAAAUACUUCGUAAUAUGAGAAACCGUAUUCCACAAGACUUUCACUAAACAUGUGGGGACUACUCCCCCACAUUAAAAAAGUUGUCUGCAUAUGUUUGCAGGAUUGGAUCUCUACAGGACUGACCAGCUUUCAGCAAAUCCUUUUGGCACGCUGAAGCAACCUUAAUAGGAAUAUCUGAACAAAUGUAUUAAAUGAAAAGAUGUAUACUAUCAAGUGAAGAAAUAUACCGAACCAUAACUGUGCUGAUGC